AUGGGCCUGAACACGCCUCUCUCUAUGGCAACGGCCGACGGCGCUCUCCAUCCUGGUGCGACCACGACGACAAUGAUGGACGUUGGCGCGACUGCCUUUCACAAUGGCCUACAUCCUCAGGCAUUCCACGCCUAUCAUCCCUUUGGACAGCCGGCGCCACAGCAAGCGUCGUUUGCGCCGUCCUCUUUCGUUUACCCUGACGCGACGGGCCUUGGCCUCGACCCUAACACUGCGGCGAUGAACACUACCCACCCCGGCGCUGUGGCCGUUGCUGUAGCGCCCGGUUAUGCAGCACACCCUGGACUUGUCGCAUUCCCUCCUGGACACCACCCGCACGCUUUUGGUAGCUCCAACGUUGUCGCCAACAUGGCUAUGCUUGCCAGUCUACCCCCGACUGCCGAGAAGUUCCGUUUUCACUCGACCCUGAAUGCGCCCACUGCCAUGAUUAAGCACGCCGAUGAGAUUCCGGUCAGUUAUCUCAACAAGGGCCAGGCUUACUCGAUUUCGAUCAUCGACACGGAACCUGAGCUCCCCAUCGUCCCCGGCACCCGCUUCCGUACUUAUGUUCGCAUCUCCUUUGAGGAUGAGCAACAGCGCCAAAAACCUGGCGUCUGCUGGAGCCUCUGGAAGGAGGGCCGUGGCACCAACGAAGCCCACCAGCGCGGCGGCAAGCUGCAGGCCGUCGAGUAUGUCGAGGCGGGUCAGCCUCCAGAGGGCGACGAGAAGCGUACGCGCGUGGAGCUGGAGUCGGCUUCAUUCGACGGCUUCUCUGUUAUCUGGACGCCUGGUAUCCACGGUGCAGUGGAGUGCAACAUUGCAGUGCGCUUCAACUUCCUGUCAACCGACUUUAGCCAUUCCAAGGGUGUUAAGGGCAUUCCUGUCCGCCUUUGUACGAAGACGACACGCUACCCAGCGCCUCAUCAAAAUCAGCAGUCUGUGAGCCCGAAGGACUCGUCGUCGGCAACACCUGAGAUCUGCUUUUGUAAAGUAAAGCUAUUCCGCGACCACGGAGCUGAGCGGAAGCUCUCGAAUGAUGUCGCCCACGUCAAAAAGACCAUCGACAAGCUGAAGCAGCAGAUUGCCCAGGCUGAGAGCGGUAUGAAGGACUUCAGUAAGCGAAAGCGCUCUGGCGGUGCCGCUGUGGCAUCGAAACCUGCACCCGACCUGCAGCGUGUCGGCAAGGUCCCGAAGCACAAGCGGACCUGGUCCAUGUCGUCGACUAGCUCCAACGGAAACGGCAAUACCAGCGGUGCCGAAGAUGGCAGCGGCGGUAACUCGAGCAGCGGCACGCCUAACCGGACUGGUGCAGCCAACGGUGUGCGCCCGGCCGUGGAAGAGGACUUGCACUGCAAGCUUCAGACUCUGCAGGACAUGUUCACAAGCACACGGCCUGUCAGCAUACUCUACCUCCGCGGUGAUGAGCUGGAUGACCCUGAUCUGCAUCCCGUCUCCCUCCCAGGCGAGAACGGCGGCCUGGCUAAGGUCGAGUCUCGGGACAAUCUGAUGGCAUGGCGUGACCAGAGCGGUCACAGCUCUGUCACCGGCUCAUCCAUGGUGUCACCGUCACCCAGCUCUCUUUCGCUGCACUCACAAGUGUCGUUUGGCGGUGGCAAUGGCAUGAACGGAAAUGGAGGCUGGUCGGAUUACCACGGUGAUGGUGCUGAUCCGCAGGGCUCUUCAUCCCGCCAAAGCUCGAACCAGCCGACCCGUGUCAAUAAGACCGAUGACUCUGGAAACCUGAGUGGUUGGAUUGAGGCCUUGGACGUGGACUCGUCGUACCGGCCCGUGCACAGCGAUCGGCCCAAACCGGUCGCCUGCUUCUACGUUCUUCGUCGCAUCAACCAGAACCAGGCCACCAUUGACGGCACCCAGAACAAGGAGUACCACCGUGCCUUGUACCUGACGAAGAGAACGCUUCAAGAGUUUGUGGGGCGCCUUGCGGCCAAGUGGAACUUGGAUCCUACCAAGGUCACCCGCACUGUCCGGGUCCUCCCUCAAGGCAUGGAGGUAGAAAUGGAUGAUGAAGCGGUGGCUGAGUUGCCUGAGGGCCAGGAUAUGGUCCUCGACGUGACGGAGUACCCGGCGCCGUCUUUACAAGACAACGGUGCUCACGCACAGCCUGUGAAGAAGGAGUGGGAGAUGGCUGUGGAUGGUGACGGACAAGGCAACGGGACUGCCUUUGAGCUUCGUUUGUCAUUCUGA